UGUAUGAUUGCUACCUAAGACAAAAUGUUGCAAAGGGCAGCAAGCAAUGCAUAUUCAUGGUGGUGGGCCAGCCACAUCAGGACAAAACAGUCAAAAUGGCUGGAUCAAAGCCUCCAAGAUAUGGAGGAGAAGGUGGCUGAGACCCUCAACAUCCUGUGUGAUGAGGGAGACUCAUUUGCUAAGAGGGCAGAAAUGUAUUACAAGAAGAGACCAGAGCUGGUGGAUUUUGUGGAAGAAGCCUUUCGAGCUUAUAGAGCCUUAGCAGAAAAAUAUGAUCAUUUAUCAAAGGAACUCCAAAGCGCGAACCGCACUAUAGCCAGUGUCUUCCCAGACCAAGUUCCAUGUCAUAUUGAAGAAGAUGAUGAAGAAGAAAGUGACACAGGAACUAAUUUAUCAUCACCAGACUCCAACAAUCAACCACAUAAUAAACCAUCCAUUCCUAGAGUUCCCAAGACCCCAAAGAUGGACUUUAGAAGUCCAUUCAUGUUGCUCUCCAGAAAGGGUCCACUUAAGAGGAUUUCUAGCUCAACAAAAUAUGUUCCAACAAUUUCAAGCUCAGGUCUGACCAAGGUUGAAGCCUUGGCUGAUAUUGACAAGCUUCAGAAGGAAAUAUUGUCGCUCCAAACCAAGAAAGAGUUUGAGAGGAGUUCGUAUGAACGCUCCUAUGAAAAGUACUGGGAAAUUGAAGACCAGAUCACAGUAACACAGAAAAGAGUUUGCAGCUUGCAAGAUGAGUUUGGUGUUGGCACAGUGAUAGAAGACAAUGAUGCUAGAGCUUUGAUGGCGGCCACAGCUCUAAAAUCAUGCCAAGAGACCCUGAACAAGUUGAAAGAGAUACAGGCACAAUCAUCUAAUGAUGCUAAAGAGGAGUAUCAAAGGGUUAAGAAAGCUCAUGAGAAGUUUGAGACCCUUAGAGACCAAUUCAUUUCUAAAUAUAUGAAUCAACAAAACCAAGAUGAUGUGGACAAGUCUGAGAAUGUAGGAACAGAUAAAAAAUGCAUAGAUGAAGACAUGGAGCAAGAGGAGCAUGACGUGGGGAUGUUGAGAGAGAAGAUCAAACAAAAGUUGGAGGAAGAUUCAAGUAAUUCCCUCACCGUGACUGAAAUGGCUGAGUGCAUUGAUGAGCUUGUAAAUAAGGUUUGUACCUUGGAAACUGCGGUUUCAUCUCAGACUGGAAUGGUAAAGAGACUAAAAUCAGAAACAGAUGGACUUCACACAAAUAUAAAGAAGUUGGAAGAAGACAGGGAAAUGCUCAUAGAAGGCUCAGAAGUUACCAACAAGAAGCUAAUGGAAUUGGAAGAAGAGUUGCGGAGAGUUAAAAUGCUCAACCAAAGUGUCAGAACUCAAGACAACACCCUCCAAACACACUUUACUGAAGCUAGCUGUAACCUUGAGCACCUUUCUGGAAAAUUGAAUAACAUGAAGCCAGAUGAGGAGGAGGAGAACUUGGUACUUUACAAGAAGAAGAGAACUGCUUCUGAUGAUAAAUCAGGGAAAAAAUCUGAAAAACAUCAUGAUAACUUGUCUGUUGAUAACACAGAUGUCAAGACAAUAAAGGAAGACGAUGGUGAAAAUGUUGAUACUAACAAGUCCAAUUUGAAUGAUGGGUCUUUUAUGAAUGAAAGGAUUCAGAAGCUGGUACAACAGGAUAAGGAUGAUUUAUCUGAUACAGUGAGCAAUCUUGACACUGAAUCACAGGAUCUGGACAUUAGUGAGGAAGAUCAACCUAACUGGAGGCAGAUGUUUAUAAGUGGAUUAGAUGACAGAGAAAAGAUUCUGUUGGAGGAGUACACAUCAGUUUUAGUGAACUAUAAGGAUGUCAGGCUGAAGCUCAAUGAUGUGGAAAAGAAAAACCGUGACAGCAUUUUUGAGUUGACUCUUCAGCUAAGGGAAAUGAAGAACGCUCUUUCCACAAAGGAUAAAGAGAUACAGGUUUUACAUCAGAAGCUGGACAAUCCAGAUGCAAAUCCUGAUGAAAGUCCCUACACCAUCACCACAGAAUACAAAUAUACACCACAGGAAGCACUUCUUCGAAAAGCAGGUCAAGGUGCUAAUGUGUUGGACUCCGAAAAUUCGCCUUCAAAUUUAGAUGCAAAUGCAGCCGCAUCCCCUUUGGCAGAACAAGUUGAAACUGAAAGCACAGGAAAAAAUGCCUUCUCAUCUGUGAGAAUGACACUAGAGAAGCUCAUGGCACACCAAGAUAAGUGCCAAGACCUUUCUAACUUGGAACAGAAGUUUCGCUCAGACAUUGACAACUUGCUGGAAGAGAACCUAGAGUUCUGGUUGAGGUUUAGCACUUCAGUACAUCAGAUUCAAAAAUUCCAAAACUCUAUUCAGGACUUAAAAGCUGAGCUGAAAACAAUAAGGGAUAAAAACAAGAAGUCUGAAGGGUAUUCACAUUCUAAACAACAGCCUAUUCAAUCUCAGCUCAGGCCAAUAUUCAGACACCUGAGAGAGAUAAGAACCGAGUUAUCGCUGUGGGUGGAACACAAUGCAGUGUUGCAUGAUGAACUGCAAGGAAGGUACGCGUCUUUGAGCAACAUCCAAGAUGAGAUAGCAAGAGCAGGGAACACGGAAUCCGGCGCUGACACUGCAGAGCUAAUUAGUAAGUACCAAGUUGCAAAGUUUCAGGGUGAGAUUCUCAACAUGAAGCAAGAGAACAGCAAGGUUGCAAGUGAACUGCAAGCAGGCCUUACACUUGUGAAGGGAAUGAAAACUGAUGUUGAGAAGACACUUGAUGAGCUAGAUGAAGCUAUUGGUGUUAACAGUGGUGUUCCUAAGAAUAAUGGUGAGAUGAAUCACUCCACUAGUCGUGCUCGAAUACCCUUGAGGUCUUUCUUGUUUGGAGUCAAGUUAAAGAAGCAAAAGCAUCAUCCUUCACUAUUUGCAUGUGUAAAUCCAGCAUUGCAAAGACAAUACAGUGUCAAUGAUGAAGCACCAGCCCCAAUAUAGAUCAACUUCCACUACCCUAUUAAGUACUUGGAUUGAACUCUAAAUUAUGUAGCAGUAUGAUUGUGACAAUAUAUACAACCUGUGUAUGUUAUCGAGCUGUUUUUCAUUUCAAGAUUGGUUCUGCUUCUAUUUGCAAGAUUGACAUACAAUCCUUUCUUAUAAUGCAUGAGUCCGUGUGUAUACACAUUCCAAAAGCAAAUGAUUUUAUAAUAUGCGUGCAUUUUUUGAUAUAAAAUUGUUUUC